UUUGAAACGAAAAUAUGGAUGACGACGCCGAAACCUAUAAACUGUGGCGUAUUCGCAAGACAGUGAUGCAAUUAAGCCAUGACCGUGGCUACUUGGUAACACAGGAUGAAUUGGAUCAAACGUUGGAGCAGUUUAAGGAGCAGUUCGGCGACAAACCUAGUGAAAAACGACCAGCACGAUCGGAUCUCAUCGUACUAGUGGCACAUAACGAUGAUCCCACAGACCAGAUGUUCGUUUUCUUUCCUGAUGAGCCCAAGAUUGGUAUUAAAACAAUCAAAACCUACUGUACUCGAAUGCAAGAGGAGAAUAUCCACCGAGCGAUCGUGGUCGUGCAAGCCGGCAUGACCCCGUCAGCCAAACAGUCACUCGUCGAUAUGGCUCCCAAGUAUAUUUUGGAACAGUUUCUAGAGUCCGAGUUGCUCAUCAACAUCACCGAGCAUGAGCUUGUGCCGGAGCAUGUUGUAAUGACACCGGAAGAAAAACAGGAACUGCUCGCGCGAUAUAAGCUAAAAGAAAAUAUGCUGAUGCGGAUACAGGCCGGUGACCCGGUGGCGCGCUAUUUCGGACUAAAGCGCGGUCAAGUAGUAAAAAUCAUUCGUCCCUCGGAAACGGCCGGGCGCUACAUUUCGUACCGCUUAGUGUGUUAGAGUAAGAUUAAAUAAAACGAGAUAAA